AUGGAAGAAGAAAGUCCAAGGGCCAAAGCUGCCAGAACACUCAAAGAAACAUUUUUUCAAGCCUUGUUGAAUAACGAUUAUAAAGAAAUGAAGGAGAUCCUGAGGCAGAAGAAGAUAGAUGUUGAUACAGUUUUUGAAGUGGAAGAUGAAGACAUGAUUCUGGCAUCUUAUAAACAAGGUUACUGGCUACCAAGUUACAAACUAGGGACAUCCUGGACAGCAGGUCUGCACUUAGCAGUCAUGCUUGGUAACGUGGAGAGUAUUACCGUGCUAUUAGAUCAUGAUGCUGGUAUAAACUAUCAACCGAAUGGGAAAACGCCUUUACACGUUGCCUGUGAGGUGAAAAACAGGGACUGUGCUAGUAUUCUGUUACACCAUGGAGCUAAAGUAAACUCAUUCUCAAUGAGCGGACAUACACCAUUACAUUUGUGUAAAACCAAGGAGUCAAUCUCAUGUGCAAAACUACUGAUCUGGAAUGGCGCAAAGAUGAAUCUACAGUCUGAGAAUUAUUAUAAAGAAACACCACUGCACAUAGCUGCACGUUUUGGUGUACCUGAACUUGUGGCACUUUAUGUUGAACAUGGAGCUGAUGUUGACAGUGUCAAUAGCUAUUUGGAAACCCCACUCAUUACAGCAAUUUACUGGGCGCUAGACAUGAAAGAACAGGAAUACAGCAUAAACCAUCAUCUGAUCUGUAGAAUGCUAAUUGACUAUGGAGCUUCUGUUAAUGCUCGAGAACGGGAUUAUAAAUCUCCACUUCAUAAAGCUGCAUGGAAUUGUGACCACCUGCUUCUACAGAUGUUGUUAGAAUCAGGUGCUUUUGCUCGUUCAAUGGACGUUAAUGGUUGCGCCCCUCUACAGUACCUGUUGAAGGUCACAGCAGUACGACCUGCAGCAAAACCAGAAAUAUGUUAUCAGCUGUUGCUAAACCAUGGAGCUGCAAGGAUUUACCCUCCACAAUUUCACAAGGUUCUACAAUCAUGCUAUACCUGUCCAAAGGCAGUUGAAGUCAUGGUCAAUUCUUAUGAAUCAAUUCAAUCUACACCAAGGUGGAGAACAGUUAUACCUGAUGAUAUUUUAGAGCAAUAUUCAACGUUUUAUAAAUCUCUAUUCGACGUUUGUGGAAGAUCGCCUCGUUCUCUGAUGCACUUGGCUAGGUGUGCUAUUAGGAGAGUGUUACGAGCAAGGUGUUACAGUGGUGUGCCAAAACUUAACAUCCCACAUCGACUUAAACAAUAUCUUUUAUUAGAGCCAGAAGGUGUGAUGUACUGA